AGGAAUUUAAACAUUGAUGUUUAUAUUGCAUUCAGCUAGGUAAAACAUCGUAUUUUCGUGGCGCGGAAACACACGGAACGGUUCGGUGGUAAGAGGACGGCAGUGAUAGGCGGGCUUGCGCAGCUGUGUGAAGGAAAAAACGUCGCACUUCCGGAAGAGGCUUUCCUUUUUCUGUGAGGCUAUCAAAGAGUUCAACUCGCUCAGCGCUAACAACAUCAUGCUAGCCCCUCUUCGUUCACUUCUUCUCCUAAUUGUCAAAGGACAACAUGGCCACCGUCGUUGCUGUCAGUCCCAGUGAAUAUCUUCAGCCUUCCACCACCACCACCACACAAGACAGUCAGCCGUCUCCUCUGGCCCUGCUGGCUGCCACCUGCAGUAAGAUCGGACCCCCUGCUGCUCAAGCCCCUGUCAGCACCCCCCCAUCCGGGCCGCAGCCUCGUCGCCUGCUGCCCAUCAAACCGGCGCCCAUUGCACCCGCCCCUCCUAAAAACCUGAGCUUCUUGCAAGCAAAGGGCAAUGUCAUCCAGCUUCCCACUGGCCUGGGCGCCACGACCCCCGGCAGCCCGAUCGUGCUCACCAUCCAGCAGAGCCCGGCACAUCCCAGCCCCCAGGCCCCCGGUAACAUCCAAUACCAGGUGAUGCCGCAGAUCCAGGGCGCUCAGACCAUCCAGGUGAUGCCGCAGGGGGGCCAGAUCCAGCUCAUACCGGGUACCAAUCAGGCUAUCAUCACCACCCCCAUGUCGGUACCAGCCCCGGCGACCUCUACCCCCGCCACCGCCCCUGUCCCAACGCAGAAAACUGUCGCCAUCAAGCCCUCGCCCAAAGUGAAGAAGUCAAACGCCGCCAUCACUGCCGCUAACAUGGUGCAGCUGCCAGGUGGACUCACGCUGCCCAUCAACGUGGCGACAGGAGAAGUGGGUGGGGCUCAGAUCGUAACUGAGACAGCGGCCGCCCCCACUGCUGCGGGAAAGGCGCGACGAGGGAGGAAGAAGAAAGUGGUGCUGGCUGCUCAGGCUACACCUGCAGCUCCUCCUCCGCCUCUGCCGCAGGCCCCCUCCCCGCCCCCGGACCAGAUGGAGACCAUCCUGAUAGAAACGGGAGACAACAUCAUUCAGGCGGGUAACAACCUGCUGAUCCUGCAGAGUCCAGGCCAGCCGGCUGUGGUCCAGCAGGUGCAGCUGGUGCCGCCCAAACAGGAUUCUCAGGUGGUCCAGAUCCCUCAGCAGGCUCUGAAAGUGGUUCAAGCUGCCUCUGCCUCGUUGCCGCAGGUCCCGCAGAGACAGUCAUCGACCUCCUCUGGCCUGCAGGUGGCGUCACAAGAGGCACCGACACAGAUCCUCUUCAAGACAGGGGCCGGCGAGUGGCGGUCUGUCCAACUCCAGGAUGCGGUUUCCACGGCAACAACCCCCACGACUCCCGUAACAACCACCGCUGCCCCCGCCUUGCCGGUAGCUGGCACCAAGAGGACACAGACAGGGGUGCGGAAGGAGCGGACUCUGGCAAAGAUUGCGCCCGCGGGGGGGAUGAUGCCGUUGAAUACGUCGCAGAUGUCCUCGGCGGCACAGGCAGUGCAGACCAUAAGCAUCAAUGGCGUCCAAGUUCAGGGAGUUCCUGUAACCAUCACUAACGCAGGAGGCCAGCAGCACUUGACGGUACAGACCGUUCAGGGUGGGGGCCUGCAGCUGGCGGCAGCGCAGGGCCAGUCCACCAUCCACAUGGACCAGACGCUCACACUGGAGCUACCCAGCCACACGGGGGAGAGGAAGCGACGCAUGGCGUGCACCUGCCCCAACUGUAAAGACCUAGACAAGAGGCCGGGCGACGUGGGCAAGAGAAAGCACAUCUGUCACGUUCCCGGCUGCGAAAAGACGUUCCGGAAGACGUCGCUCCUCCGAGCUCACGUCCGUCUGCACACGGGGGAGCGUCCCUUUGUCUGCAACUGGGUGUUCUGCGGGAAGCGUUUCACACGCAGCGACGAGCUGCAGCGGCACGCCCGGACGCACACGGGAGACAAACGCUUCGAGUGUUCUCAGUGUCAGAAACGCUUCAUGAGGAGCGACCACCUGACGAAGCAUUACAAGACUCACAUAAACACCAAGAACCUGUGAGAAGACUCCGGACUGAAUGCGGACAAACUCGCCAGCUCGACACUGAGGGGAGUUUGUGACUUGUCCCAUAAUGGGACAUCCCACGCCCUCCCACACAUCCCCACUGGGACUCUGUGUAGCAUGAUUAGAAACAAAAGCCCUCCUGGUGGAUUUGAGAGGAUCCAUAUAACCUUGCUCUGCUCGGCGGUGACUGGCCCGGAGAGUGCAGAUGACCCACUCUGCUGCUUAUUUAUGGAUCCUUGUGGACAAAGAUGGUACACAGCAGCAACUCCAAUGACUCCACUCUCAAGUUCCCUCCAUUCCAUCCAGUAGGGUUUCGAGGUGGAGAACAAAAACAGCCUGGACACCACACGUUUUUAACUGUUAUUUUAAAGCAUCCGCGUACAGCCACUUCAUACAUACCAAGCCAGGCUAAACCAUUCCCGAGCCGAGAUAAGCCGUACAUGUUCUCCAGCAUGUUCUGCUCCGAAGCAUCUAAAGCGAACUUGUGACCUGAAAUGAUAUUUGUACCUGAGUCGGUUACCUGUGUCUGUGGCUCACGGCGAUAUAAUCAUCUGUCCAGGGAAGUCGGUGUCUUCUCCCGCAUUGAACGCAGUUACAAAGGCGGCAGCGGGAACAUCCUGUUUGGUGCCUUUUUAAAAGCUGCCAAUCAUGAAUGAAGAUCAGCUGCGUUGCCAUGGUGACUGCGUGUAGACACGCAAGGAAGAAGCAUGGAGGUAUGGAAUGCUAUUUGGGAAUGAAUGCAGACAUGAGAGGGGCAUUCAAAUUUAUUUAAGACUUCAUGGAGGAGAAAUUGGAAAAGCUGCUCUUUAUAACCUGAAACAAAGAUUUAGGAAAUAACAGAGGACGUCUCUUUGCCUUUUUAGCGGGACGAGUCCUGGUGUGUUUAUCUUCCUUGGUGGUUUGACUGGUAUUUACAUGUGUUUUCAAAUACCAGUCAGAUUCCUUUGACCGAGUUGAAGAUUAUACAGCAGGUAAAUUCAAUAUUGUACACAUCAUCAUUUUUCUUAUUAAAUAUAGGUCCUAUUGACAAGAAUUUUUCACCAGCUGUCGUAAAUAACUUACAGUAGAUCCCCACUAUUUGUAGGCUUCCGGUUUGAACUGGGAAAGGGGAAAAAAAACAUAAUUGAGACAGCCGUUAUUAUCAUCCCCCUAGCUUGACAUCCUCCGAUUUUGGCUCAACAUUUGCAAUAAAAGUGCCUGUUGUAAUUAUUAGAUUAUAUUCCGCUCCAAAAGCUUCCCCUCUCAUAAUAAGAGACAAAGAGAAGUGCAUAAAGGCAUGGAAAAAACAUCUGAAACAAUGAAAUUCCCAAGCCAUCCUGCUGCCCCUCGUUAGUGUAAAUUAAAUCAGCUGGUUCAGUCCCACAUAAAGCGUCCUUAUUAAUGCAAAACCGUGCUGAUGGUUUGUGUAGAGAAAGAUAUCUAAACUUCUGAAUGUUCCAAAGAGCACUGCGGGGGGGCGUAGAUGACCAGGUCAGCUUUCUUUCAAGGGAGUGACAUGCAUUUUAAACGAUAUAUUUACAGCGCUGAGGAAAAAAACGGUGUUCAAUACUUACCCACUGUAUAUCCUACUGUAGACGUUGCCAGUAUUAGCCUGUACAUUGUUGCUGUACAGUCAGACAUUUAACCACUUCAAACCGCUUCUGUGAGCUGCAAGAAGUCCGUUUACCUCAAGUGUUUCAGUGUCGUAUCACUUAAACAGCCACGCUUUGACUGGUGCGCAUAAGCUAUCGGAAGGCGGGCAGACAUUUGCAAACAUAAAUCCGAAUAUCGGUUGACUUGUUGUGACAAUCACAAUACAGGACGCAAAGCAGGCCUGCGGUCACUUGCUAUUUGAUAGCUUUAAUUCCACACCAAGUCCAAACAGCGCUUGUCCGUGUGCCCCAAAGAGUCACAAUGACUUCACGUCACUUUGCUUUUCUCUGUGCUCGAUGACACAAGGUGCGGGAGGGAGAUGCGGAACCUGCUCAUAUUUAUGUUUGUAUACUUCCUGUUGUAUUUGCAGUGUACUCGGUGUAGGACAUGCUGCCCGUGCUGUGCUUGGCCCGAAGGAAAAAGGACAUUGUACAGUGUGUAUGGAUGCAAAUAUAAUGUGACUUUGUAUAGCUUCGUUCCUGCUCUAGAUGUUUUUUCUAUUGAAUGAAAGAUGCCUUAGACAGCUGCACCCACUAUUUAAAUUGUUUCUGAUUUUUGUGUUCUUAACUUAUGUUUCAUGCUGAUGUGACGUGCACUAACACGAAACCACCCCGAUGUGUACAUUGAUUAUUAUAAUAACUAAAUGUAAACAACCCCCCCCCCCCCGAUUGACAUUUUGGUUUCUUGGUUGCUGUGAAUUGAUUGUUUUUCCUUUUACGUCAAAUAAUGUCCCCGCUGCCAACUGUGUAUUUCAAGAGAGCCCGGAAAACCAGCAGCUAAUUUUAUACAGUGUAUAAAGGUGCUACUUUUCUACAAGCAGCCCACAAAUAAACAACUUAAAAGUA